CUUCCUCUUCUACGUGUUUUCAUAAACAAACCACAUUUUUCUCCCACCGGGUCCGCAACCGCUCUCUGCCUGUCAGCCUGCCAGCAUUGUCGGAUUCCAGCUCCCGUUUCAACCGAGGCCGUGGAGGAACUUGGAGAGCUGGUUCAAAAAAAUAAACAAACAAACGCGGGUAAACGGGCUCCGCUGCAACAAACCGGAGGGCUGCGUGUGUUUUUGGUUUUUUUUGUUCGGACUGUCUGCGCGUGGUGGUCCGUUACACCGAACUGACCUGCGGCGUCUCACCCCCUUUUAUCGAGUGUUUUUCGGCUGCCAGCCACAUCCAUCCUGCCGUGCAGACCGUGAGCAGCUUUGGUAUUAUCAGCCUCCUCAGACAUGGUGAAGCUGACGAAGGCCAAGACGUUCCAGGCCUACCUGGACUCCUGCCACCGUCGGUACAGCUGUGUGCACUGCCGUGCCCAUCUGGCCAACCAUGACGAUCUGAUCUCCAAGUCUUUCCAAGGCAGCCAGGGCCGAGCCUACCUCUUCAACUCUGUGGUGAACGUUGGCUGUGGACCUGCAGAGGAGAGGCUGCUGCUCACAGGACUUCACGCGGUGGCCGACAUCUACUGUGAAAACUGCCACACCACACUGGGCUGGAAAUAUGAACAAGCCUUUGAACUGAGUCAGAAGUACAAGGAGGGGAAGUACAUCAUCGAGCUGUCCCACAUGAUAAAGGACAAUGGUUGGGACUGAGAGGGAAAUCUUCGUCUUUCUUCAUGACUUUUUCAAAAGUUGCAUCCCCUCAACUUAAAAGGGUUCCAGUGUAGCUUUCUUCAUCCCGCGUUCGAGCCAUCGCUGUGCCACACUUUAUCACUUCAUAAAGCUUCGCCAAGAAUAGCAUGUGAUGCCUUAUCUUUAUGUGUUCUUCAUGUUUUUCCAGCGAGCACAACAACACAUUUGCUGAUAUUGCUAUCCCAAUUGCUAGUUGUGCCGGGACAUGGACUGAAUGAGUGCAGGGUUUGUGUGUGGAAACCUGGGAGAUGUAGUCGCACAGGCACCAGUGCGUGUUGGAUUUUUCAAGUGUAUUAGUGAUCAAACCUUUGUCAGUGACCACAGAACAGCCUCGCCAUGUGACAGCGAGGCCAGCGCAAGUCAAAUAAUUUGAUCGUCUUACACAUUGGAUGCAGAUAUGUGGGUUUUCCCUUCGAGUUUAGAUUUAUCCGGCCCAAACUAAGUAUUUAGGCUUGUUUAACCCAUAGAUCAUUUUUUUGAGUGAUGUGAGGGUAUGGGGAUGUUUAUUGCAUUGUGAGGGCUUGGGUUUUUUUUGUUGUUUUGUUUUUAAAUCUGUGAAAUUCAUGUUUUUAUGAUAAGAUCAGUAACAUUUGUUUAUAUUUUGCCAAAGGCAAUCAGGAUGUGGAAUUAGUAAUGCAAAAAUCACACCUGCAACACUUCUUAAAUCUGAAGUAUGAGUGUCUUCUGCAUGCAGGUAAACCUGUCUGGGUGAAUGUGUGUGUGAGAGAGAGAGAGAGAGAGCAAGAGAGUGUGUGUGUGGUGUGUAUGUGAGAGAGAGAGUGUGUAUGUGCAUGCAGUGUUUGCUGAGAUGUCUUAAGCUGGACAGUGUUGAGAAGCAUUAGUCUGGAGUUGGUUCACGUCUAGAGUUUCCACUGCACAGUUGGGAUGUUUUCACCUCUACUUAAUGCUGAUGAGAUCUAUCCUUUCUAUGUGUAUUUCCCUAACACCGAGCUGUUCUCACAGAUACAUUUGCUAGUUCCUGUUAGAGCCAAGCGUGAUCAGGGUAAUGUAGCAUAUUUAUGGUGAUUUUUUAAUGUCCGCUUCUUUCAUUAAAGUGUUUUUAUUUUAACCUGAUCUUUCAUUAAAAUAGUGUGCCAGUAA